CCGCAGCCAACCCACGCGGAAGUUCGAAGGAAGAAUUGAGUGAGCAGCCGUUUCUCCUGUCUUUGGAUCGUCCCACUCGCGUUAUCGACUCGUGUCUGUGCUGUUGAGUAGCCGCCAAGAUGAAGCUCGUCCGGUUCCUGAUGAAAUGCGCCAAUGAGACGGUGACGAUCGAGUUGAAGAAUGGAACCAUCCUCCACGGCACCAUCACCUCCGUCUCCCCGCAGAUGAACACCAGCCUGCGCACCGUCAAGAUGACCCCCAAGGGCCGCGACCCCAUCGGCCUCGACACCAUCAACAUCCGCGGCUCCACCAUCCGCUACUACAUCCUGCCCGACAGCCUGCCGCUCGACACGCUGCUGAUCGACGACACGCCCAAGCCCAAGAACAAGGCGCGCAAGGAGGCGGAUCGGGGUGGCCGCGGCGGGCGCGGCGGGCCCCGCGGCCGGGGUCGCGGGCGUGGUCGGGGCCGGGGACGGGGGUUCUAA